UGGCGGGGGCCGAGGCCCGGCCGAGGCCCGCGGUAUCAGUCUAUAAAUAUGGGCACGCGGGGCCGCGCGCUGACCAGUGUGACCGUGUCGAUUCACCAGCCGCCACCAUGAAGUGCGUCGCCGCCCUCCUCGUCGCCGUCCUCGUCCUGGCCUCCGUCGCCGUGGAGCGCGCGGACGCGGACGUCUUUGCCGCUCUCAGGGACUGCGCUAAAAACAGCAACUUGUCGCAAGAUAAAUUACAAAAGGCGUGCAAUGGCGAACUUCCGAAAGAUGAAGAGCUGAAGAACUACCAGUGCUACACCAAGUGUGUCCAACAAUUAGUGGGCAUUAUGUCAGCGGAAGGUGCAGUCGAUCCUGUCAAGUCCGCCCAGACCCUCGUCGACGAGAAACAGAGGAAAGAAAUGGAGGACAUCGCGAAACAGUGCAAGUUCGACGAUAUGAAAGGUGCGACAUGCGAGAAGGCCUUCGCCGUAGAUCAGUGCUACUCGGAGAAAAACAACGUGAUGUAUAAAAACAACUGCAACGACCUCAUGAGCAAAACUUUUCCCGCCUAAGGUCAAAAUACCAUAAUAACGCCCCCGUUUCUAAAAUAAUGUACAAUUUGUUUCGACCCCUUAAAAAGAGAAGAUUACAAAUCUCACCUGACUUCAUUUCUAGUCGCAGUCGUUCUUUGACAUUUUCAUCACAUAUUUGGUAUUAAUACAUUCACCAUAAGAUAUUAUCACUUCACCAUCAUUCACCGUCAUUUACACUAAAAUAUUGCAUAAUAAAAUCGUUUUACAAUUUA